UCAUGGCAUUAGGUUUAGGUUACAGUUACACUUAAUAAUUAUCGUUUUAUAUUUCAGCUGACUGACAAAGGAAAGCGUCAUUUGUCCUUUUCAGUGUCACUUUUGAAUAACAGGACACGAUUCAAACAGGUAUGGCAACUCUGUCGCCACCAUAAGCCCCGCCCUCUAUUGCUGCGUCCAACAAAGCGAUAGCAUUCCCGCCGAUGAUUGGUCGAACGCAUCGACCGUGCUCCCAUUGGCUGAAGGCCCCGUCAAUCAGGUGUGCCUAAAAAUGCUUAAACUGUACAACUCCGGCUUUCGAUAUUCACAGAAAGAGGGAUAAAGGCAGAGAAAGAGAGAGGGAGCGGACGCGAGAUGAAAUGAUGUGACAAAACAGCGUCUUAUGGAUGAUUUAGGGUGUAUUUGAGCAGUUAUGGUGCCACGGGCGCGUUUCGUUUCAGUCUGGGAUUGAUUUUUGUGAAUGGAGAUUUCGUCGCAGGCCUCGGACAUCUGAUUCAUUUUCAUCAUCUGCUUGAUUUACUGAUCUUAGAUUUGUUUUUAUUUGCGAUUUCGCGAGAUGAAGAGAGUUAAUAGUUUCCAGAGGUUUAUGAACACCCGAGCAGCUGUGAACCGCCGUUACCAGCCCACAUGUUACGAGCACGCGGCCAACUGCUACACCCAUGCCCUGCUGAUUGUGCCGGCGUUCGUGGGAAUGGCUCUCUUACACCGGCUGUCUGAUGACCGCUGGGAGCGGAUCACGGCCUGGGUGUACGGCAUGGGUCUGAUCGCUCUGUUCCUCGUCUCCACAGUCUUUCACAUCAUUUCCUGGAAAAAGAGCCACAUGAGGACCAUGGAGCACUGCUUCCACAUGUGUGAUAGAGUCGCCAUAUACUUAUUUAUCGCUGCCUCUUAUACACCAUGGCUCAAUCUCCGGGAACUCGGGCCGCUCGCCGCUCACAUGCGCUGGUUUGUGUGGCUGAUGGCGGCCGCCGGGACCAUCUAUGUGUUCAACUACCACGAGAAGUAUAAGUUAGUGGAGCUGGCGUUCUACCUGACCAUGGGCUUCUUUCCUGCGCUGGUGGUGACAUCAAUGAGUAACACAGACGGGCUGUACGAGCUGGCGUUCGGAGGCUUGGUCUACUGCCUGGGUGUCGUCUUCUUCAAAUCAGACGGUGUGAUUCCGUUCGCUCACGCCAUCUGGCACGUGUUCGUGGCUCUUGCUGCCGCCAUCCACUACUACGCCAUCUGGAAGUACCUGUACCGCAGUCCCCCGCUGGAGGACAUCAGGGAUGCUUGAGCUCCUCUCCCUCAUCAUUUCCUCCUCCAUCACCAAAACAUCACAACCGGAUGCUCCAAACACCAACAUUUACCAGUACGACCAUGCAAUGUUUACGGUUUUCUAACCAACUGGGAUCAGUGAAGUGUGUGUGAGUGUGUGUGUGUGUGUGUGUGUGUGUGUGUGUGUGUUGCAGUACUGAAUGCACAUUUGCCACAGUUGCAACAAGACGGCAAUGUUUGUGGGGUUUUUUUCCAUUUUCAUUAGUAUUAUGUAAAGACAUUCCACUGAAAGCAGAUGAAUUGUGAUUCUUUUUGAUAUUUAAUGAUUUUUCCGUCCAUUCAGUCACACACACAC